AUGCUCGCGCAAAAAGCCAACGGGACUUCGAACGACAUCAAAGCGAAUGGCAAUGCUUUGCAUGUUCAGGAGGUUGUCAAGAGGGGCCGAGACGAUGUCAUAGUCCCUUCAUAUGCAGAUCUUCCACCUGUACAUGGCAUGCCGCAUGGCUGUACCUGGGGCCUCUGGGAUCGGCCAGCGCAGAAAGAUGAAUUGGGCACCCUCAACCUCUUGACACCCUCAACGAUGCUGGCUGCUAGGGACGAGAUCCAAUAUGGCAUCAGUGUCGCCAUCAAUUGGUCGCUCGACAACUGCGAAACACCUCAUUCAGGUCGGAGAAGACCAAAUCACAAGAUCAUGCAAUUACCAGACUGGGUUGGACAUGACGACGAAAUUCAGAUGAACACCCAAAGCGGUAGUCAAUGGGAUGGAUUCCGACAUUGGGCUCAUCAGCCGUCAAGAACGUACUAUAACGGUGUACCUCAUGCCGACAUUACCAGUCCAGCUGCUCCGGCCCGGAAUGGCAUCGAUCAAUGGUCGAAACAUGGAGGCAUAGUCGGACGCGGCAUUCUCCUGGAUUACUUUUCCUGGGCGAAGGACCGGGGCAUCCAGUACUCGCCAAUCGAGCGCCAUGCCAUUUCCGAAAAAGACCUUGAAUCAGUUGCAGCAUGGCAAGGCACGGAAUUUCGACAGGGCGACAUUUUGUUGAUCCGGUCAGGGUUCGUCAAGUGGUAUAAGGAGGCCAAUGCCGAUGACCGAAAACGAGGGACCGUGGACGGGUCAACGUGGGCUGGAGUUGAGGGCACCAGGGAGUCCGUGGAGUGGCUUUGGGAUCGUCACUUCGCCGCAGUUGGCGGCGAUGCGAAUGUUUUCGAAGCCUGGCCCGCAAAGGAUGAAAGAUGGCGCCUUCAUGAUAAUCUCAUUGCGCUGUUUGGGAUGCCUGUUGGUGAAAUGUUUGACCUGGAUGAGCUGGCGGACAUUUGCCAGAAGCUGCGGAAGUGGAGCUUCUUUUUCACGAGUGCGCCUCUGAACUUCCCCGGAGGGGUUGCAAGUCCGCCGAAUGCGAUAUGUGUACUUUAG